AUGGGUGGAUAUUUUAGUAGUUUGUUGGCACGAUUGUGGGGUGAAAAGGAGGUACGAAUACUCAUUUUAGGCUUGGACGGAGCUGGUAAAACAACAAUAUUAUAUCGAUUACAGAUCGGGGAGGUAGUAACAACUAUUCCAACUAUUGGGUUCAAUGUUGAAACUGUAACAUAUAAAAAUAUUAAAUUUCAAGUAUGGGAUUUAGGAGUAGAUUCUAUAGACCGUGAUCGUUUGAGUACCUCAAGAGAGGAACUUCAUGCUAUGCUUGAUGAAGAGGAAUUACGAGAAGCUGCGCUAUUGGUCUUUGCUAAUAAACAAGAUAUGGUUGGUGCAUUGACUUCAGCUGAAGUAUCUGAUGCUUUAGGGUUGAGUACAUUGAAAAAUCGACAAUGGAGUAUUUAUAAAACAAGUGCUGUAAAAGGAGAUGGCCUAACGGAGGGACUGGAUUGGUAA